UAGGUGUGUAAACAACUGCGCGCGCGCACUCGUGGUAGUUUUGACAGGGCAUCAGAGAGAGAUAGAGGGGGAAGAGAGGGAGAGUUGUAAGCAGCAACACAUUGGUAAGAACAGGGAAACAGGCGCGCGGCGGCACGGGGACCCGCCGGAAGAAGCAGCAGCAGCAGCCUCAGCGCGAGCUGGACGCAGACCGACACAACACCGGCAGCACGAGCGACACCGAGGCGGUCAGCGGGGCGGAGAGGAGGAGGAGGAGGCACCUGCACCGCGACUCGUUCUCCCCCGCUGCCUCCGUCGUCUCUCCCUCUGUCUCUUCGCUCUCCUCACCCCUCGUUCCUCUCGGACCGCCGCCGCCGCUUCCUCGUUAAGAUGGCUGACCCCAGCAGCGACGGAGAGGCACCGGAGAACGCGCGCGUCUUCGCCCGACAGGGAGCCCUCCGCCAGAAGAAUGUGCACGAGGUGAAGAACCACAAGUUCAUCGCGCGCUUCUUCAAGCAGCCAACCUUCUGCAGCCACUGCACGGACUUCAUCUGGGGCUUUGGGAAACAGGGAUUCCAGUGCCAAGUGUGCUGUUUUGUGGUCCAUAAGCGCUGUCAUGAAUUUGUCACCUUUUCCUGUCCGGGAGCCGACAAGGGACCUGCCUCAGAUGAUCCUCGUAGUAAACACAAGUUUAAGGUCCACACUUACUCCAGCCCAACCUUCUGUGACCACUGUGGCUCCCUCCUCUACGGGCUGAUACACCAGGGCAUGAAAUGCGACCACUGUAUGAUGAACAUCCACAAGCGGUGUGUGGCCAACGUCCCAAGCCUGUGCGGGACAGAUCACACCGAGAGGAGAGGACGCAUCCACAUCUCAGCCCAGAUCGCUGACGACACUCUCACCGUCACCAUCAAAGAGGCGAGGAACCUGGUACCCAUGGACCCCAACGGCCUGUCAGACCCCUACGUCAAGCUUAAGCUGAUCCCAGAUCCCAAGAGUGAGAGCAAGCAGAAGACCAAGACCAUCAAAUGUUGCCUCAACCCCUCCUGGAAUGAGACCUUCACUUUCAACCUAAAAGAAACUGACAAGGACCGCCGUCUGUCAGUGGAGAUCUGGGACUGGGAUUUGACCAGCAGGAACGACUUCAUGGGAUCCCUGUCCUUUGGGAUCUCAGAGCUACAGAAACAAGGGAUAGAUGGAUGGUUUAAGAUGCUGUCCCAGGAGGAAGGAGAAUACUUUAAUGUUCCUGUCCAGCCAGAUGGAGAGGACGGUAACGAGGAACUGCGACAAAAGUUUGAGAGGGCGAGGGUGGGGCCGGGGAAACCCACAGAUUCAUCUUCCUCUUCUUCAGUUUGCAAGUAUGACAGCAAUGGCAAUCAGGACCGGGUCAAACUCUCGGACUUUAACUUCAUCAUGGUUUUGGGCAAGGGCAGCUUUGGCAAGGUGAUGCUGGCUGAGAGGAAGGGCACCGAUGAGUUGUACGCCAUCAAAAUCCUGAAGAAGGAUGUUGUGAUCCAGGACGAUGAUGUGGAGUGCACCAUGGUGGAGAAGAGAGUCCUCGCUCUGGCUGGGAAACCACCUUUCCUCACUCAGCUGCACUCCUGUUUUCAAACCAUGGACCGAUUGUAUUUUGUCAUGGAGUAUAUAAAUGGAGGAGACCUUAUGUAUCAGAUCCAACAGGUCGGCAAGUUCAAGGAGCCUCAUGCUGUGUUCUAUGCUGCAGAGAUUGCUAUAGGACUCUUCUUCCUUCACUCCAAAGGCAUCGUGUACCGGGAUCUGAAGCUGGACAACGUGAUGCUGGAUGCUGAAGGCCAUAUAAAAAUAGCUGACUUCGGCAUGUGCAAAGAGAACAUGUACGAUGGAAUAACCACAAAGACUUUCUGUGGAACACCAGACUACAUCGCUCCAGAGAUCAUAGCGUAUCAGCCUUAUGGGAAAUCUGUAGACUGGUGGGCCUUUGGAGUUCUGCUCUAUGAAAUGCUUGCUGGACAGCCGCCUUUUGACGGAGAGGAUGAAGAUGAGCUGUUCCAGUCGAUCAUGGAGCACCACGUCUCUUACCCUAAAUCCAUGUCCAAAGAAGCUGUUGCUAUCUGCAAGGGGUUGAUGACCAAGCACCCAGGUAAGCGUCUCGGCUGCGGUCCAGAGGGAGAGAGGGACAUCAAGGAGCACGCUUUCUUCCGCUAUAUAGACUGGGAAAAACUGGAGAAUAAAGAAGUCCAGCCGCCUUUCAAACCUAAAGCUUGUGGGCGUGAUGCGGAGAACUUUGAUCGCUUUUUCACACGCCACCCCCCUACGCUGACCCCCCCAGAUCAGGAGCUUAUAGCCAACCUGGACCAGGAAGAAUUCCAAGGCUUCUCAUUUGUUAACCCUGAGUACCCUCACACAACUCACUGACCAUGCCACACAUCACUGGGCUGCACUAGUAAUCCCCCACACCUCGGACACAUACAUUACAAAUAGACACACAAUCAAAAAGAUCACCAUGAUGUCAUAUCCAGACUGCAUUCGGCAGAGUGAAACGUUAAAGGAAUAGUUCAGCAUUUUGGGAAAUAUGCUUUUUCCUGAAACUUUGAUGAGAAGAUGGAUAUGUGCAUAAAAUUCAGAGCUGGACCCAGGAGGCAGUUAGCCUAGCUUAGCAUUAAGACUGGAAGCAGGAGGAAACAGCUAGCAUGACUCUCUCCAGAGUUAAAAAAACAAAACAAAAAAGGAAUGUAAACAUUUGUGGUUUCAAGGAAAGUUAAAUGCAGUAACUAAAGACUCAGAGCUCUCACACUCAGCCGGCAGUAAGGAUGCUAACAGGUUAGCUCACAAGCGGUAGUUUAUCUUGGUUACUCCCAGCGGUCACAUGACCCUCACCUUGCAGGUUGUUGCGGUUGCUUGAGAGUUUUCCCCAAUGAAAACCACACCUUCUUUUCAUUUUUCGUUGUUUAUGGAUUAAACAAAUGAGAUAAAGCGUCUUAAGUAGUAGACUUUAGUUCUGGUUAGGGAUGUCAAGUGUUAAUUGUUUAUCAGUUAGGUACUGAGAAUAUUUCUGACAGGUUACACAUGUAGGUUUACAGGUGAAUUUUUCUACUCUUCAGUUUACUUAACUGCACCCAACCUGGGUCUGGUGGGAGAUAACGUUAGUUAGCAGGGCCGAUCAUUCAGUGAUUACCACCUGUGAUGCCAGUCUGGCCCAACAGCAUUGCUGUGGAAACAUUUUGCCCACCCUCCAAUCUCCCCCCAACUCUCCCUGGUGAGUAAGUGGCCCAAUGUUGAGCUGCAAACCCUGUUUAGCAUUGUUUUACUGUUAGCUCUGUUAGCACUGUUAGCAGUGACAGCACGGCUAGUGGUGCUAACAUAGUUAACAACGCUAAAGUGGUUUUGUAGGUCAAAAUGAAGCCGCUUACUUGCCAGGGCUACCCAGGGAGCCGGAGUGUGGCCACCUUGUUUCCGCAGCCUUGUUGGAGUGUCACCGUAAUGGCGCUAGUAGCCUGUAAUUGCUUAAUGAGUGACGUUGUAUGCUAGUUCCCAUCCAACCUGGAUGAUGAGCAUUGCAGAGCAGCCAAGGCUAGCGUUAGCUAACCAGUGGAGACUGGAGGGUGGGCAGAGGGCGCCAUGUUUUUGCAAGGUAAUGUGGCUAGCUCUCUGUCUGUCAGUAAAGCCAAUAGAAAAUAAAAUAAAAGGCAAGACAUUUGAAUCACAAACAUUAAAAUUUAACCACCUCAAAAUGGAUAGAGCUUUGACUUUGACUGAGUCAGUGAAGCGCCAGACUAAAAGGAAAGGUAUGUUGUAUUUCACAUCAUUUUCAUCAUUUUCUUAAAAAUUAACUGGGUAGUUACGGGUUAAUGGGUGUCGGGCUACUGAAAGCAAAACUUACAACCCUAGUUGUGGUUGUAGUAUUCUAAAGGAGAGCCAGGCGAUCUGUUUCUCCCUCUUGCUUCCAGUCUUAAUGCUAAGAUAAGCUAAUCACCUCCUGGCUCAGCUCUGUAACUGAUGCUCAGACAUAAGAUGUUAUCAGUCCUCUCAUUUAUCUCUCUGAAGAGAGAUCAAUUAAGCGCAUUUCCCUAAAAGCUAUUUCUCUAAAUAACGUUCAGAUGGAAAUGCAGACAGGUGCUCAACAAUCAGGAGAAAUAUUCAGAUAUUCACGUGUCAAGUUGCCAGUAGGAGACCAGACUUUGUUUCCAGCGAUGACACCGUUUUCAGUUUACUGUGGUUUAACACGUCAUGUGACACUUGCUGAUCUCAUAUCAGCUCUACUGGCUGUAUUUCUAUCUUUAGUGCAGAGAUGUUGCUCGCUCCCUGAAUGCCGCCCGGCUGCUCCCACCGGCAGGUUCACGUUGGGGGUCCGACCUGAGGGCCGACCUGAACCUGCACUGUCUCUGUGUCACCCUCCCUGUGAUUGCAUAUUGACUAUGACGACCUAUCAGUAAUAUUGAUGAGUGUACUAUGAUCACAUAUUGGUAAUAUUCAUACAGUGUACGUGAAAACUGACCAAUUGCUUUGCUAUGAUUGUUUAAUCAGUUUCCUAAUGUUGACUUUAUUUUGUCUAUAGGACCAAAUACUUCUACACUUUCUGUUCAGUCAGUGUUGUGGUGAGCUUAAACUUUUUGCUGAUUUGAUUUUUAAGGAUAGAAGUCUUUAUACAUGCAGUCAGCAAGAGUGUAAGUCUGCGUCAAGUUAGUGAUUUUUGACUGAAGUCUCAUUACUUUUCUCCUUAUUCCUUACUGGAAACAUUCACCACAUUACACUGUGUUUUUAAUGACAUAUCUCUUAGCUCGUAAACCACCAUAUUGUGGGGAGAAAUCACAUAUGACGAGUCUUGUGAAGCUGGUAGUUUGUUAGGAUGUCCAAAAGUGCCAAAAUAGGGUUCAGAAUCACGAGGAUGUGGAGAAAAUAUUGUCCUCAACAACUGUGAUGAAGGGCAGCCAUCUUGUGCCAUUUUUGCAGUACAUGUAUAAUUAUUAGAAUAUGCAUCCUAGCUUAUCUGUUCUCCAACAAUACGAUUCCCUCGGAAAGUCAUUUUCAUAUAUAAAAUGAAUGAAGACGUGAGUUUCAUUGUGAGGCAGAUUGUAUUAUCUUUUUGUAACUGUGUAAUGAUGCAGGGUUCUAACAAUGUGUCAAAUCUUGUUCUUUGAGCUCGUAUCAAAAAAAAGGAGGCGGCAUCACGUUGACGUCACUGAUGCACAAAGAUGCUCGCUGAUAAAGAUGAUUGUUUCUGCCAGGUGGAAAAAGUGAGCACUUAUUGUGACGACAGUAACUGUGACGAAUCAAUGGGGACAUACUGAGAGAGAUAUGAGAAGGAUAAAAAAAAAAUAUAUAUGGAGUUCUAUAUCAGAGAGAUAUCUGGAUAAACUGUUCUGGAUGAGAGAGAUGCUUCUGUGGAUUGUGUAAUUGUCCUGUAUGACUGGAAACUGAUAAUAUACUCACUGGUGCCUACCAGACUACUCCUGC